AGAAACUUCUCUAAAAUUCAUAUUUUCAUUGGUGGCAUUUUAAACAAAUCACCGCUUAAGAACUCUUUAGUCGCUGAAAGCAAAUAUACAAUAGCAGACAGUUAUUUAUUUCUCAACAUUAUAAUGUUUAUAAUUAAAUGUCAGAAGCAAUGAUCGGGUCGGUCACAAUGUCUACCGACAGCGACGAAGGUCAAACAUUGCAGGACAAUGUAAGUUUGGUCAACACUGAUGAAGAAGAUCCUCCGCCACAAUAUGACACAUUAAGUUUUCAGUUUUGUGAAGAAACUGAGCGAAGCCUUGAUGAUGUUUUAACUGAUAUCAAAUUUGGUAGAUUUCAUAUUUUGAUUAUAUUGCUUGGUGGAACCGCUUAUUUUGCAGUUUGCAGUGAACUCAUGGUUUUUGUAUUUCUUAAUGAACCAAUUAAGAAAGAAUGGCAUUUAAGCGAUAUGGUAUUUCCAUGGCUCCCCUUCUGCAAUGGACUUGCAUCGAUGUUUGGAGAAUAUCUUUUUGGAAUCCUCAGUGACAGGCAUGGCCGCCAGUUUACAUUUGUACUUACGGUAUCCAUAUGUUGCAUAUUUGCAAUCGGAUCUACUUUUGCGACUAACUUUCCUAUUCUAGUUGUGUUUAGAUCAUUUGUCUCUUUUGGAAAAGGCGGUUUAGCGGCACUCGCUUUUGUUCUUCCUAUAGAGUUUUUACCUCGACAGAAACGCAGUUACCUUAUUAUCAUCACAAUGUGUGGUACAUUAGGAACUGCUUUUACAGGGGCAAUGGCUUGGCUUUUGAUCCCAACGCAUGGCUGGAGAUAUUUUGUUGUCGCCUGUGCUACUCCUUUUUUAAUCACUCUUAUCUUCCGCCUUUUCGCAAGAUAUGAAUCACCAAGGUUUCUAAUGAUUAGUGGAGAAAAGGAACAAGCAUGGAUGGUUGUUACCAAAAUUGCACAAAUAAAUAAAACUCCACUUCCUGCAGGCAAACUCUCUGGAAUUCCAAGUCACAGCAGAGGACAAAUUAAAGAUCUUUUUACAAGGGAAUUUCGUUAUCGCACUCUGACCAUUUCCUUAGUAUGGCUAUUCCAGGCAACUGGAUAUUGGGGUGUCACUACUUAUCUUCCACAAUAUAUGUCUGAUAAACUGAAUCUUGGUGGAUAUUUCAUUAUUUUCAUCAUUUUUAUCAGUGAACUUCCAGGUUUGUUUUUAGCACUGUUUUUUAUACGCAAAAACAUGCUUGGACGUAUCACGUCUGUUAUAUUAUUUAUUUGCAUGACCAUAGUUCUUUUAGCUGUCUUUGCAGUUUUGAGCACUUCCCAUCUUAUCUGGGCACAAACCUUAACUAUCAUGACCUGCUUUGCUUUUAUGGCGCCAAUAUACUCAAUCUUGAAUACUUUUACUCCAGAAAUUUAUCCCACAGCAAUUCGUAGUACUGCACUUGGGUGGGUGUACAUGGUAUCAAAUAUUCCUGGUCUCAUUACUCCAUUUAUUGAUGCAACUCUGCUUGAUAGUCCAGUUGUAUGGCUCUAUCCUGUUGUUUGGCUGAUGUUCUUUGUCCUCGAAUUCGUUGUAAUGCUCAGCAUCAGAACUGAGACAGCUGGAAAGCGACUAAGUGAUAAUCUACAGAGUACACCAAUUUGUGAAAAUAUUCCUAGUUUUGUUCCUGACCACAUUCCUGAUUGUACUGCACCAAUAUAUUCCAGUGAACCUCCUUUCAGAUAUCGUCAAGAUGGUUAUCUCUAGUAACACAUUUGUAUUCAAAGUGGUUACAUCAAUGGCUUACAAACUGAAGUAGAAAAUAUAUCUUUUCUCAAAAACAUCUUCAAAACAAAUUCUUACAUUUCAUAAACACCCAUUUUAAGCACAAUUUGAUGUUUCAUAUAUUUGUAGAGAUUAUAAACACAAUGGCAAUGGCUGAGCCAACAAAACUGAAUAUGAGUGUCAAUAAUUAAGUUAAUCCUUGGACAUGAACUUUGCCUUUCAACCUGCUGUCGUCAUUAAAAUAAAUACCAAUAAUAUAUUUGGUUCAAUUUAAUCAACUGUAUUUUCACUCCUUUCAAAAUUGGCACUUGCUAUAUUUAGGUUUUAAUAAUUAGUUUGUUAAUGAGUUUAUUGAAUUAUAUUCAAGACUAAUAGUCUAUUGGGUUUUUUUUUUUAAUGCUUAUCUUUCUAUUAAUGUCUACACACAACCAUUUGUACUUACUCUUACAGUUACUUAAGAAUAGGACUAAAAAGCGGUGAGAAAAGGAAGAUAUAUAGAAUCCAGCUGUCAUUACAUUAUACGUUUAAUAAUAUUGUAACAAUAAGAGAAUAUUGUAAAAAAAUAGGCUCAAUAAUCACUUUAUGUAUUUAAGUAAGCCUAUAUACGAUUAUGUAUUCAAUGAAAAAUCUAAGAGAAAAAUUAUUGCAUGUAAUAUUAAAAAAAAAACUAUAUAAACUGGGAUAGGUAAAUAACCUUAAUAGAAGUCAACAGUUAUGCAUCUGGACCUCUAUAAGGACACACACAUAUAUGUAUGUAUAUCAUUAUGGCCACAGCAUGGCCAAAGCUCUGAGCUGAAACUACAAAAAAAAA